UCCUGAAAGUGAUGAUUAAGUGAUGAUUCAGAAGCUACCAAAAUGUUGGACGCAUUAGCGUUUCUUCUUGAGAAACUUUUUGUCUUCUCCAGUUUAAAACUCUUUACAUUCACUUGGUCUGACGAAGGCAAGUGCACGAAACGUAGUCAAGCGCCUUCUUUCCAGAGGGGAGAUCUAUUUGAGGUCCCUCGCACCUUGUUCACACACUCUGGCAUUUACCUUGGUGAAAACAAAGUGGCGCAUCUUAUUCCGGACAUCCUGCCCGUCCUCACAAGCGACAAAAAUCAAAUUAGUAAAGUAGUCACAAAUAAAAGAUUGAUUCUUGGCGUUCUGUCCAAAACUGCUAGUAUUCGGGUUGAUGCAGUUGAAGACUUUGCAUUCGGAUCCAAUAUUAUAGUCAACAGUAUGGACCACACAUGCAAAAAUCCGCCACUGCCCAACGAGGACGUCGCAAAAAGAGCCGAAGAAUUGAUUGGGGUCAUACCUUACAGCUUGUUGUGGAAUAAUUGUGAACAUUUUGUCACCUACUGCAGAUACGGCUCCGCUGUGAGCAUGCAAACAGAUCAGUUUCUUCAGUGCCUGAAGUCUGUGGUUCGGGACCAGAGGAGCGUCCUCCUUACCGCUGGCCUGGGUCUGACAUCCAUCGUUUGCUUUGGUAUGGCGCCCUCCACUGCGCUACCCACUCUUCUAAUUCCAUUCAUUCUUUGGAUGAUUGGCUAACUGACCUGAGAUCAGACACUGAACUGCACUGGUGCAUCACAUCUGUCACUCUUGGAGGAAGGGAAAAUUGUUUGUUUUUUUAAUGCACCACUUGACUUACUAAGUCCAUAUGUUCUGUUACCAUAUUAUUUUGUCUAAACGAUAUUACAUGUUUGACUUAUGUGUUUGACUUUGAUAUUAUGUUUGCUGUUUAUACUGUGUGUCUACUUCCUGUCUCUCAUUAUACAUGUAAUAUUUUUACAAUUCUAUUUUUUUUUUUACAAUUAUAAUAAUUGCUUCUGGAACAGGAGGAGGAUGCACUCUGGCACAAUAAUUUCUCUAGCAAAUAUGAGAAAAUAUUAGAUAUUGCAGUCAGCUCUACCUUCUCCAAGCUUCCAUCAAUGCUGUUGUGUGUGUACAAAUGAAUGUUUGUGAACAAGAAUUAAUAUGGAAGGAACACGGUUUAAUAAAGAGUGGGAAAAGGGUUUAGAAUUUUCAGAUUGACUUGGUUGGAGCACCAGAGGUUUUCAUAAGAAAUCAAAUCUGGUUAAUGCGGUUGGAUGGACAUAUUCAUCUUUUAUCAACGAAAGGGGCGUAUCCAAUCAAACACUGUCCAUGCACUGUAAAAAUGUGUUCAGUUUACUGAUGGUUUUAGCAGACCGAUUGCUUUGAACCAUGUAUAGAAGAAUGGGAACUUAAUUGGUAAUGUGUACACUUGUUUGAGUUGUGACUUCAGCAUGCGGGUCUCAUGACACUGAUGGGUAUCCCUGGUUUGAAGAAUUUGUUUUCACUGUGAAAAUGUUUUAAAUUUGUAAAUGAAUAUAUUGCAUUUUUUUACCUGGAGAACUUGUUAAUUUUAUA